ACAUGGCCCUACAGGGAAAGUCGUUCUUCGCCAUGGAGGGAAAGCCCUACUGUGAGGCCUGCUAUAUUAAUACAUUGGAGAGAUGUUCCGUUUGUUCUAAGCCAAUCACAGAUCGGUUACUGCGCGCCACGGGCAAGCCGUACCACCCGGACUGCUUCACGUGUGUGGUCUGUGGCAAGUCGCUGGACGGGAUCCCCUUCACCGUGGACGCCACCAACCAGAUACACUGUAUCGAGGACUUCCACAAGAAGUUUGCCCCUCGCUGCUGCGUGUGCCAGCGGCCGAUCAUGCCGGACCAAGGUCAGGACGAGACAGUCAGGAUUGUGGCCAUGGACAAAUCUUUCCACGUGGACUGCUACAGAUGCGAGGUGUGUAGUAACUUAACGGUGCUUACUGCCCACUGCAUUUUGGGCCGCAAACCGGGCUGCGCUGAGGCAUAG